CCUGGUCUUGCGUGUCUUCUUCUCCAUCCGUUGAUUCCUACAAGUCCGUUAUCGACGUGAUCUUAGACUGCCGUACGCGCAUCUUCCUGUCCCUCCUUGAGAUCACAUAUACCCCUUCUAUACCCCCGCCGCAUAUCUGGCCUCAUUUCUCUACCUAGAGCAUUUGUCCGCGCGCUUCUAGGCAGCACCACUUCCUCUCGGCACCUUUCUCACAACUAUCAACAUGCGAUUCUCAUCGUCGAUUGUUUUUGCGCUUCCUGCGCUUGCUCUUGCGCAGGAGCAAGUCCCGCUGGCGGAUAAGAUCAAGGGCUGGUUAAGCCAGGCGCAAUCUUUCGUCUCGUCUGCUGUGCCGUCAGUUCCAUCAUCACCUGUGGAUGCUGGCGCCGCAAAGGUCGCGGAACAUGUCGAGACCAGCCUGACCUUGGAAAACUGGCAAUCAGUGCUUUCUGCCGACCCUUCUGCUACCACUGCGGGGCCUGAGGACUUCAUGGUGUACAUCACUGGAGGCAACAAGACUUGCUACGGUGUCUGCGACCACGCUGACAAGGCAUGGAAUGAUUCCGUUGCUCUCCUCUCCGCCUCUCCUAGUGCACCGAAAUUUGCUGUUCUCAACUGUGAGAACGAGCCCAUUCUCUGCAACGCCUGGGCUGUCGGCCCUCCCUCGAUAUACUACAUCUCUAUCCCCCACGCGCUUGCAGAUCAGUCUGCCCCAGCCCCUCUCGCGUACUACAUUCCCCUCAACAGGACUUCUGUUACCGCCUCCGAGAUUACUGCGAUUUCCACCAAGGAGACUUACAAGACCAACGCACCAUAUGAGGGUAUCUGGCAUCCGUUCAGCGGAUUGAUCGCGCAGUAUCAGUUGGGCAUGCCGAUCGGUUACGUUCUUUGGGGCUUCUCCAAGAUGCCCUCGUGGCUUCCUAUGAUCCUUAUCAGCUUCUUCAGCAGGUCGUUCAUGUAAGACUUCAAAUUCAAAGCUCGCUUUGUGAAGAUUGCUAAUCCAAAAUCCAGGGGACGACGAGCGGCAGCUCCUCGAGGCGGCGCAGCUCCAGCGGCUGCAACCUAGGCAAUAGGGCCAUCGAUACCCUGGAGGUAACAUAGAUCGCAGCUAUUCAAUCUACGAUGCUUAUUUGAAUGCGCUGAAUGUUGAAUAAGGCUAUCGGCUCAGGUAGGUCGAAAAAGGGACGUUGGGUACGGGUGUUCAUGUCUG